AUGUUGGGAUCUCUUUUCACCAUUGCAAACUUGUCAAAUGGCAAAAAAAUUACGAUUUAUGCGCCUGGUCUUGAAAAAGCACAAAUACUUGUUGAAAAUAACACAAAUUCGGAUUUACCACCUGCACAACUAAUUUUCUAUCUUACCUUAUUAAAUGAGCUUGCAAAGCAAGUUCCUAAUUUUGAUAUUAGUAAUGUGGAAUUGGCAAAGGUUUUUACUAAUUCUUGGAGGAAUUCUAGCCUUGAAUACACAGACGAUACGAUGUUGGGGUCUCUUUUCACCAUUGCAAAAUUGUCUAAUGGAGAAACCAUAGCAAUUUAUGCGCCUGGUCUUGGAAAAGCACAAAUACUUGUUGAAAAUAACGCAAAUUCGGAUUUACCACCUGCACAACUAAUUUUUUAUCUUACCUUGUUAAACGAGCUUGCAAAGCAAAUUCCUAAUUUUGAUGUUAGUAAUAUGGAAUUGGCAAAGGUUUUUACUGAUUCUUGGAGGAAUUUCGGCCUUGAAUACACAGACGAGUUUGUCAUUUUGGCAGAUAAACUUGGACUUAAUUAA